AUGGCGACGCUGGCGCAUUUUUGGGUGGCGGUGGCCGCAGUCUUUCAAGCUGUUUCUGGUCAGAUCGAAAUCAAGGUCGCUGGAUCCUCCACCGUUUUCCCGGUCGCGAAUGCCUGGGCCAACAGCAUGGACAAUGCAAGUAGCUUUGCGAUCACCAUCGAAGGUGGUGGUUCUAGUUCCGGUGCACGGCGAGUGUGCAAGCAUCGCGGAGAUCCUGACCACGUCGACGUCGGCGACAUGUCGCGCAACUGGAAGGAGAGUGAAGCUCUCUUGUUGGACGAUGGCUACACGUGGGAAUGCCGCAGUUCCCUGGUUCGCGUGACGCAGAUCCAGGUCGGCACGGACGGUUUGGCCGUCGUGGUCGCGAAGAACCCCGGCGAGAAUGGCAGAGCCCACGACUGCCUGACGUCCCCGGAAGUGGGCGGCCUCACCUUGGCCAUGCUGCACUGGAUGUUCACCAACUGGACCAGCGAGCAGCUGCAAGACUACGGCCUGGACCUUGCCUCGGUGCUCCCCAACGAUGACGGCGACGGCGUCAAGGAGUGGAGUGACUUGUCCUGGGCAUGUCCGGAGGUGCCCAUCAACACUUACGGUCCGGGGUCCGACUCGGGAACCUACGACUUCUUCGCCGAGGCCACGCUGUGCAAGGACUGCUUCGCCGGGAACGAAGGCUACGAGGCGGAAGCUUUCGCUUACUGCCCUUCGGACAAGCACCAUGACUUGGAACAACUGACCACAGAGGGGGACAUUGCCGCCUACAUCCAGAGCCAGAGGCCCGUGAACUGCUACAUGCACUCGGAGUCCGAUUAUCAGCUCUACCAGUGGCUCUCAGCGGAUACCGGUGGCAUCGCCUAUUUCGGCUACGCUUACUACGCCACAUUCACAGGUCAGCUGACUGUUGCACGGAUCGCCAGUGAUGCCUACAAGGGCGUCAAGGACACGGCCGACGCGAAGGUUGAGCCUUCCACCUACACGAUUACGGACGGCUCCUACAGCGUCUACAAGCGCCGGUUGUACAUGAACGUGGACAACAAGGCCUGGGACAGGGUGCACCCGUACCUCAGCUAUGGCUUCAGCGCGGAGGGGCAGUCUCUGGUUGCGUCCGUGGGCUAUGUGGGAGUGAAUGCAGCCUUGCUGGCCAAGAUGAAGAUCAGGAUCGAAGAGAGGGGAAACGAGGAGGCGGACUACGUGUCCGUCGCCCCAUCCAACUGCGCCAUUGGAACCGAGUUGAGCGCUGUCCCGUAUGUCAACCAGCUUCCCGGCACGCACGAAAUGGAACCAGGCCACAUGGACCCAAACAACGUCAGCUCAUGUCUAGUGCGUGUUCUCGGAACAGAAACGCACAUACAUCAGAGACAUCCGCUGCCAAGGUUUGGGAACAACAAGAUCAACUACACAUGCGCCCGAUGCCAGCCGGGCACUUUCAAGUUCCUCGACACUCCCACGGCCUGCACGCGCUGCGAAGCCGGGCGCUUCUCGGACCAGGACGGCAGGGAGGGAGGUGUGGGUGUGGGUCGGGGGGAGAGGGGGAAGAAGGUGCAAAAAGGUGCAAAAGGCUCACAGCACCCCACCAGCCCCAAACUCACAGAGGUGGGCCAGAGCACCUGCGGGCUCUGCGACGUGGGCUACGAGGCCGUGAACGGCACCUCCUGCCGCGCCUGUGAGCCCGGGUUCUACAAGAGCGAGGCGGCUGCGGCCACCUGCUCUCCCUGCACCGCCGGCAAGUUUAACAACCAGUCCGCGCAGGCCUCCUGCAGUUUCUGCGGCCCCGGCUUUUUUGCGCCGGGAGGUUCCACGCAGUGCUUUGCUUGCCCACUCAACGAGAUCGCCCCGGUUCCGGGCUCUGCAGCCUGCAGCUACUGCGGGGAAGGCUUCACCACGGUGCAGGUGGGCUCCACGGCUUGCAGCCGCUGCCGGGCCGGGUCCUACCGCUCCGUCGAGCCGCAGUGCGUCCGGUGCCCGGAGCCCAAAACAACCGCUUUCCAGGGUGCUGUGCUUGUUGGUGAUUGCGUCUGCCCGGCUGGGCAGUACCUGCGAGAUGGGCUGGCAGGCGACAGCGUGGAAGCCAUGGCCAGUGGCAAUUGCACAGAAUGCGGCU